GUGAUAGAUAAAUCUGGUCAUAGCGCUUCUUUCCAAUAUUUAUGUCUAACCGUUAUGAUUUCUGAGAGCAAACUAUUGCAACAUCAACAAUUUUUUUCCAUAUUUUAAAUUUUUUUUUUCAUUUUCAGAUUGUAGAAUACACGAUUAUUUUUAAGAUUUUACUCGGUUUAAUCAAGGAGUAAAAAUGAAGCAUGUCGGCGACGAAACCUUCUCGCAAGUUUAUUCCGUGUUACGUGUGCAAUCGGCUUUAUACUCUUCACUCCUUGAAAUUUCACGAGCCUAACUGCUUGAUUAGGUGGAGAGCUGAAAAUGAGAAGAAACCUAUAAAAGAAAGAUUAAGAACACCUCAGAAAACUGGAUAUGACGAUGGUUACUCGAACAGUUCUGAUGAGGAGGACAAAACGGAAUCAUACAAAAAAAUACAUCGACCUGGAACUAGAACACUUUCGAGUCCAACGCCAAAUAUCAUCCAUCCUGUCAUUUCCCCGCCUUCUAAUAUUGCCAAAUCUGAAUCCACUUCCAUGACAAAAAAUGCUCAUCAAUCUUCCAUCAAUAGUCAAUCGCCAAUCAAAAUAAGUAGAGAAAGUACAGAUCAUCACGCAAUCAAAGCUGACAGACAUUAUACGAGAUCUAAAACACCCUCCUCCUGUUGUGGCCUUCCCAUUUCAGAAAGCAUCCGGACAUUAUCUAGCAAGCUUACAUCCGGACGAAGAGUUAAUUCUGAUCACCACCAGAGGCCGACUGCUACGAUUUGGCCGGCAUCGAGUGGCAGGCAAGUUAUGUCCGACGAAGAAAUAGCCCUCGCUCGUAGAGUUGGUCGCCUUCCUAUUCGAGUCUAUAAGCCAGCGACUCGACCUCCGCAAAGACAACGCGGCCAAAACGAUAUGUCGCGAACAGUGCCGGACAAAGGUGGACAGCAAGAUGUGAACAUUUAUGGUACUUGCGGACUUUGCGGUGAGCAAGUAGACAAAAGGAAAAUCAAAGUACACGAAUCUAAUUGCAGAAAAAUAGGAGGUUUAGGUUCCUCUAAAGCUGCUACAAGACGACCACCAACAGUAGUUUGUUACAUUUGUGGACGACAGUUUGGAACUAAAUCCAUCAGUCUACAUGAACCGCAUUGUUUGAAGAAAUGGCAUUUAGAGAAUGAUAGGCUGCCAAAAAACUUAAGGAGAAAGGAGCCAAAGAAACCGGAAAUAAUUUUAAGAAGCGAUGGAUCUUUUGACACGGCUGCCAUGUCUGAGGCAGCUUGGCAAAUGCAUUUAGAGCAGUUGAUUCCUUGUAGCAAUUGCGGUCGGACAUUCCUUCCAGAUAGGCUCGAAAUACACCUAAGAGGUUGUCAUGCAGAAAACAGAAGGAUCCAUGUUAGAAGAUAGCAUAUUGGAAGCUUCAAUGUCAGUGGGGAGGGUUAUCUCAGGUAGAAAUGAAUGAAUCUGCUCUUUGUAGACACAGAGCUUAUCCACUCCUCAAAUUCCAUUUUUUUGUAUAAUAUGUAAAUAAAAAAUUUUAUGAUUAA